AUGAUUGCUCUUCGUCGUUUUCGUUUUACCACCCGAGUUCCCUGCAUUAGGGCUUCGCCGCUCGGUUCUUCUUCUUAUUCAUCAGAUUCCGUUCCUGAACCUCUUCCUUCUCACCCAUUAGACUUACAUUCGUCCUCUGAUCUCAUAAGAAAACAACAUUGGAGUGCUCUCAAAAUCCUAACCAAAUCCACAAACCCCGACAGUUUUCUUCAACAACUUUAUGAUUGGGGCGCACCUUACGACGUCGUUCUAGGAUACUUCAAGUGGUCACACCAAGAGUUCCAGGUAUCCCACUCACUUGAACAUUACUGCAGAUUGUUUUACCUGCUAGCAAAUGGUAAACAGUUCGGAAGAAUUAGGGCUUUGUUGGAUAAUCAUUAUGUUAAGAUUGCGAUUAGUUAUGCGAAGAACUCAAAGACAGAUUUAUGUUUCGAGGCUUUUGAUAGAGCUGGUGAUUACGGGCUGAAGUUAUCAGUAUGGUCAUGUAAUCGAUUGAUAAAGUUAUUGAUAAAUCAAGAGAAAUUUGGACGUGUUGAGUUUGUUUACAGAGAGAUGAUUAAGAGAAGAAUUGAGCUUAAUUUAUCUACAUUUAACAUGGUAAUCAAUGGGUUAUGCAAAGUUGGGAGGCUUCACAAGGCAGGAGAUGUUCUUGAAGAUAUGCAAAGUAGAGGGAUUUUGCCUUCAGUAGUGACCUACAACACACUCAUUGAUGGCUACUGUAAAAAAGGUGGAUCUGGUAAAAUGUAUAAAGCUGAAGCCCUAAUGAAAGAAAUGAUCAAAAAGAAAAUCUCCCCUAAUGAAAUUACAUACAAUGCCCUCAUUGAUGGGUUUUGUAAAGAUGAAAAUCUCUCUACUGCAAUGAACUUUUUCAAGAAAAUGGAAGUCAGUGGAUUAAAACCCGAUGUGGCUACUUAUAAUUCUUUAAUCAAUGGGCUAUGUAAUUUGGGGAAGCUUGAUGAAGCUCUUGUGUUACAUGACAAAAUGGUGGAAUCGAACGUGAAGCCGAGUAUUAUCACAUAUAAUUCCUUAAUGAAUGGGUUUUCCAAGAAGAAAAUGGUAAACAAAUGUAAAGAGUUAUUCAAUGAUAUUCAUAACCAAGGUUUGAUUCCCAAUGUAUAUACUUAUAAUACUCUAAUCAAUGCUUAUUUCCGAAGUGGGAAUUUUGAAGAAGCAGUUAAAGUAUACAAAUCAAUGGUAGAAGGCAGUGUUACUCCCAAUGUUUCAACAUAUAAUUCUUUAAUAACUGGAUAUUGUAAAGAAGGAAACAUGAAGGAAGCUAACAAGGUUUUAGAUAACAUGAAGGAAAAAGAUUUGAAAGCUGAUAUUGUAACAUAUAAUAUAAGAAUUGGUGCACUUUGUAAACAGGGGAAAACAGGGGAGGCAGUUAAGCUACUUAAUGAGAUGUCUGUAGUGGGUUUGAUUCCUAUUCAGCUGACUUAUAAUAUCUUGAUUGCUGGUUAUUGUGGGGAGGGUAAUCUCAAGGGUGCUUUAAAUAUAAUGACAAGAAUGGAGAAAGAAGGGAGGCGUUGUAAUGUUGUUACAUAUAAUGUGUUGAUUAAGGCUUUUUGUGAAAAAGGUAAAUUGGAAGAAGCUAAUGUGUUUCUUAACAAGAUGCUUGAGAAAGGUUUGGUGCCUAAUCAAAGAACUUAUGAUAUUGUUAAAGAGGAAAUGAUGGAGAGAGGAUUUGUUCCUGAUAUUGAUGGACAUCUUUAUAACAAUCUUGUUACUUCUUGA